AUGCUGCGCUUUUGCCGGUCUCGCCUCGCCAUUGGUGCAUAUGCACUGUUUAUGAUGGAACAGAAGAACAAUCCUGCCCUGAGCGGUCUCCCCGUUGCGAAACGUGGCAAGAUGACCUCAAAGCUUUACAAAGCGCUUGCACCUGCGGAACGUGCUGCACUGGAGAAACGUGCCAAGGCCACACCGUUUCCGAAGCGCAAGAAAUCAAAGGCAAAUGGAAAUGGACCGAAGCCAAAGCGUAAACCAUCGAAAUACGCACUGUUUGUGAAGGCCUACCUGCCCAAAUUCCGCAAGUUGCCCAACUCUGAAAGAAUUGCCGCAGUUGCAAAGCUGUGGAGGCAGCAACAGCAGCAGAAGCAGCAGCCAAAGAAGAAAAAGACUUAA